GCGAACCAGGACAUGCACAUUCCACUUCGAGGACUGUGAGCAACCAACCCCACACAAACAGCCAUGAACUCCAAGAUUGUAGUAUUCAUCUGCAUGGUCGGCGUCGCCACCGCCAGCGUGGUCGCUCCCCUUCCCGUUGCCCGCGUUGAUCCCUUACCUCAGUACUCCUACGGCUAUGACGUCCAGGACGCCCUCACCGGGGACUACAAAGGCCACCAGGAGCAAAGGAACGGCGACCUCGUGACUGGCUCCUACACCGUUGUCGACCCUGACGGCACCAGAAGGAUCGUUGACUACGCCGCGGACCCGCUCAACGGUUUCAAUGCGGUCGUUCGUCGCGAGCCCCUAGUGGUCGCUGCACCUGCCAGGGUUGUCGCUCCUGCGCCGGUUGUCGCCCCUGCGCCCCUCAUCGCCCGCGCCCCUGUCGUGGCCCCCGCCCCCCUACUAGCCCCUAGAUUUCCAGCGCCCGUAUUUUACUAGAUGAAUUAUUACAAUUUUGUUGUUGCUUUUCUAUUUUUAGGCCUUUUUGUACGACUGUUAUUUAUGUUAUUAAAAGCUUGAUGAUAA